AUGAGUGCGGCGGCGAAGUCGCCGAGGAUGAGAACCAGGGUUGGGAAGUACGAGCUAGGAAAAACUCUGGGGGAGGGCACCUUUGCCAAGGUCAAGUUUGCUAAGAACAUGGAGACUGGAAAGUGCGUGGCCAUCAAAAUCGUAGACCGUGAGCAAGUCCUCAAGCACAAGAUGGUCGAACACAUAAAAAGAGAGAUAUCAACAAUGAAGCUGAUCAAACACCCUAAUGUUACACAAAUGUUUGAGGUCAUGGCAAGCAAAACUAGGAUCUACAUUGUUCUCGAGUUUAUUGAUGGGGGUGAGCUCUUUGACGAAAUAGCCAAAAAUGGGAGACUGAAAGAGGAAGAUGCCAGAAGAUACUUCCAGCAGCUCAUCAAUGCUGUCGAUUACUGCCAUAGCAGAGGCGUGUACCAUCGAGAUUUGAAGCCCGAAAAUCUUCUUCUAGAUUCGAGUGGCCGCCUUAAAAUUUCAGAUUUUGGACUGAGUACGUUCGAACAGCAAGUGCGGGAAGAUGGGCUGCUUCAUACUGCCUGUGGAACUCCAAAUUAUGUUGCUCCUGAGGUGCUCAAUAACAAAGGUUAUGAGGGUACAUCAUCUGAUAUUUGGUCUUGUGGGGUCAUUCUCUUCGUGCUUAUGGCUGGUUACCUGCCUUUUGAUGAACCAAAUCUUAUAGGGCUGUACAGAAAAAUCUGCAAAGCUGAAUUUUUAUGUCCAUCAUGGUUUUCAUCGGGUGCAAAGAAACUGAUACAGCGUAUACUUGAUCCAAACCCUGUUACACGGAUAACAAUUCCCGAGAUCUUAGAAAAUGAAUGGUUUAAGAAAGACUACAAGCCAGCACAGUUUCAAGAGGAAGAGGAUGUAAAUCUUGAUGAUGUAGAUGCUGUUUUCGACAACUCGAAGGAAAAAUUUGUAACAGAAAGGAAAGAGAAACCUGUAUCAAUGAAUGCUUUUGAGCUUAUUUCUAGGUCAAAGAGUUUCAAUCUGGAAAAUUUAUUUGAGAAGCAAACGGGUCAUGUGAAACGAGAAACCCGUUUUACUUCUCAACGCCCUGCAAAUGAAAUCAUGAAUAAAAUUGAGGAAGCUGCAAAGCCUUUGGGGUUUAAUGUUCACAAGAAAAACUACAAGAUGAAGUUGCAAGGUGACAAACACGGAAGGAAGGGCCACCUCUCUGUAGCCACUGAGGUGUUCGAAGUUGCACCUUCUGUGCACAUGGUAGAGCUCCGCAAAACUGGCGGUGACACACUAGAAUUUCACAAGUUCUACAAAAACUUCUCGUCAGGUUUACAAGAUAUAGUGUGGAAAACUGAAGAAACUACUGAAGGAUCAAGGUGA